UCCUUCCUCCUUUCCAAGCUCCCUGCAUCCCCGCGUCUCCUCCUCUUCCUCCCAGGAAAUAAAUGCCCUCUGUGCGCCCACCUUCUGGCAAAGCCACCGCCCGCUGCGGGCGCCCCCUCCCGCGCCAGGCGAGCGUGGCGCGGCGGCCCCGCGGGCACACGCCUUCCCAUACCUUACAUGGACAAAUGCGUGCAGGCAAAGUCAGGAAUUCAGGCCCCUGACGUCAGCCUCCAGCUCUCAGGGCACCGCACGGGAGACCGAGGGGAGGGGGUGGGGACGGUGGGGAGGAAGGAGGGGGAAAGGCACCAACCAGCAGCCGCUCCAGCCUUGCCGAAGUUUCACUUUUUGUCUGUGGGUUCGCUCCCGGGCCCCGCGCGAGCUUUCCCGGGAUAAGUAGCUUUAGCGAGCGGGGGAGAGCCGGGCGCUGCAAGAAAUUGAAGAGAAUCCUGAUGACCAGUGUAUUUGGAGAGGCCUGAAGGAAGCCAGACCAGCGACUGCACUCUCUGAGCUUUUUGGGUGCCCUCUGGCUCCCAGGUGACCUGCUGCAGGACCUCUGGUGGGAACACUGAGACUCAGAAAGAGAACCGAAGACAGAAUCCAGUCAACUGAUUCCCAGUCUAGCACCUUUUUCAUUGUUCUACUGGGCAGUCAUUGGAGGGAAGAUAUUUUUCCUCAACUGACCCUCGCAUUGCAGUUUGCUGAACCUUGUGUCCAGUGACCAUUCUGAGAGCUAGCUAUCUGAGAUUCCAACCAUGUCUCACCCAUCGUGGCUGCCACCCAAAAGCACUGGCGAGCCCUUUGGCCAUGUGCCUGCGCGGAUGGAGACCACCCAUUCCUUUGGGACUCCCAGCAUUUCAGUGUCCACGCAACAGCCGCCCAAGAAGUUUGCACCAGUGGUUGCUCCAAAGCCCAAGUACAACCCCUACAAGCAAUCUGGAGGUGAAGGUGAUUUUCUCCCACCUCCACCUCCACCUCUAGAGGAUCCCAGUACUCUUCCAUCUGGCUCUGGAAACUUCCCUCCUCCACCACCGCUUGAUGAAGGUGCUUUCAGGGCACAGGGAAAUCCUGGAGGCAAGACCCUUGAGGAGAGACGUUCCAGCCUGGAUGCUGAGAUUGACUCGUUGACUAGCAUCUUGGCUGAUCUUGAGUGCAGCUCUCCCUACAAGCCUCGGCCCCCCCAGGGCUCAACUAGUUCAACAGCCUCUCCUCCAGUCUCUACCCCUGUCACAGGACACAAGAGAAUGGUCAUACCAAAUCAACCUCCUCUAACAGCAACCAAAAAGUCUACAUUGAAACCACAGCCUGCACCCCAGGCUGGACCCAUCCCCGUGGCUCCCAUUGGAACCCUAAAACCCCAGCCUCAGCCGGUCCCAGCCUCCUACACUACGGCAUCCACCCCUUCAAGGCCUACCUUCAAUGUGCAAGUGAAGUCAGCCCAGCCCAGCUCUCAUUACAUGGCUGCCCCUUCACCAGGACAAUUUUAUGGUCUGGGGCCAGGGCCCCAGGGUUAUAACACUCAACCAGUUCCUGUUUCUGGGCAGGUUCCACCUCCUUCAACCCGGGGAGGUGUGGAUUAUACAUAUGUUCCACCACCAGGACUUCAACCUGAGCCUGGGUAUGGGUAUGCCCCCAACCAAGGACGCUAUUAUGAAGCCUAUGGCCCAGCAGGGCCUGGCUAUGGGGGCAAAAAUGACCCUGAUCCUGCCUAUGGUCAACAAGGUCACCCAAAUACCUGGAAGCGGGAACAAGGGUAUACUCCUUCUGGAACAGGGAACCAGAACGCUGCUGCGAUGUAUCCAGUUGCUGGUCCUAAGAAGACCUAUAUCACAGAUCCUGUUUCAGUCCCCUGUGCACCACCACUGCAAGCAAAGGGUGGACAAACAGGAUCACUGGGGCCUCCGGCUACUCCCCCCUCAUUCCGCCCUGAAGAUGAGCUCGAGCACCUCACCAAGAAGAUGCUGUAUGACAUGGAAAAUCCACCUGCCGAUGAAUACUUUGGCCGCUGUGCUCGCUGUGGGGAAAACGUAGUUGGGGAAGGUACAGGAUGCACUGCCAUGGAUCAGGUCUUCCACGUGGAUUGUUUUACCUGCAUCAUCUGCAGCAACAAGCUCCGAGGGCAGCCCUUCUAUGCCGUGGAGAAGAAAGCCUACUGCGAGCCCUGCUACAUUAAUACCCUGGAGCAGUGCAGCGUAUGCUCCAAGCCUAUCAUGGAGCGGAUUCUCCGAGCCACCGGGAAGGCCUAUCAUCCUCACUGCUUUACCUGUGUGAUGUGCCACCGCAGCCUGGAUGGGAUCCCGUUCACCGUGGAUGCUGGCGGCCUCAUCCACUGCAUUGAGGACUUCCACAAGAAAUUUGCACCCCGAUGUUCUGUGUGCAAGGAGCCUAUCAUGCCAGCCCCGGGCCAGGAGGAGACUGUCCGGAUUGUGGCUCUGGAUCGCGAUUUCCACGUUCACUGCUACCGCUGUGAGGAUUGUGGUGGUCUCCUGUCUGAAGGAGAUAACCAAGGCUGCUACCCUUUGGAUGGACACAUCCUCUGCAAGGCCUGCAACUCCGCCCGCAUCCGAGUGCUGACCGCCAAGGCCAGCACCGACCUUUAAAUUCACUCGCCUGUUGUAGCUGGUUAGCUGCUGGUGUGGAGAAGAAUGAAACACAAGAAAAAGAGAAGAAAAGAAAUAGGAAAAUAGAGGAAAGGCUAUCAAGCUAUGGGAUGGUCUCUGUUCUUCAUCUACUAUUAACCUUUCUUUAGAAACACAUAGAUUAUGAGAUUUUUUUUUAAGUUCUUACCAAGUACACAUUUCACAUUUAAUCAUGUAGGACCUUGAUGGGCCUUUGUUCCCAAGGAAUUCCACAUUUUUGCACGGAUUAUGCUCCAUCCCAUUCACUUCUGCAUUCCUGUAACUUUUAAUCCCUAUGUUUGUCUCACUUUUCAUCUGGUUGAGUGGCUUUUUUUAGUGUGGUAUUUGCUAUCACACAGUUUUUCCUGGGUGAGUCUGCCAACUCACAGGUGCUUUUAGGCCUGAAGGCUCCAACCUAUCACUUCCAUGCUGCCUGUGAUCAUAAAAGAAUAGCCAUUCUUUUUCUGUGUUUUGAAAAGUAUAUCUUUCUGUUGCUCUAAAUUGAAAUGUCCCUUGGGAAAAAGAAAUGCACAAUUUAUAUGUUAAGCUAUAAAAAAUUUAAGCUGUAAGCUACAUAGGUUAAAACAAGCCCCAAUUUAAUUUAUGACCGUCCAAAUACAAAAUCUAUAGUGACCAGUGGUCAGGGCUCAUUUGAAGACAGGUAUUGGUGAGAGAUCCAAAGUUCAAUCUUUUUCUAAACAAAUUACAGGUGAAACAUGCUGGAAAAAGCAUUUUGGGGCUAUGUUUGAAAAGCCCAUUAUUAUCCCACAAUAUUAUCUUAAGAUUUUCCUUUUCCGUUCUCUCUGGACAUAAUAAUCCAGACAGACUUGAUUUUGUCUAGAAUAUAACAUUUCCAAUACUGUCCUGCUUUCAGCUCAGAAAUAUUGCCAUGUUUUUCUAAUAUCCAACACAACUACCAAAGUUGACUACUUCUCUAGAGGAAAUAGCUGUAAAGAACAGAUCAAAUUCUUUUUUUUCGUUAGGCCCAGGUCCUUUAUGCCUGACGAUCGCAAAUUGGGGCAUGCAAAAUAAAAUUGUGUAGCUUUGUUUAAUUUACUUUAAAAAGACAGGAAAACUUGAAAAGAUUAUAAAACCACAGUUUCAUUAUUCUCAUAAUCCUUCUGCAAUUCAAAUUACAUAUUGCAGGAGACAUUUUCAUAUCAUCGAUGUGACAUUUACACCACACUUUCAAAAACAAUCACUGAAAAAAAUUGCCUU